AUGGGCGUCGCCUUUAGCUCGCUCUGGUCCGGCCUCUUUGGCUCAAAGGAGCUCAAGAUCUGCAUCCUCGGCCUCGACAAUGCCGGAAAGACGACCCUCAUGUACAAAAUGACGCUCGGAUCCGUCGUCAGCACCGCGCCCACCGUCGGCUCCAAUACAGAAACAUUCGAGUACAAGAACCUCAAGUUCAUGCUCUGGGACGUCGGCGGACAGACGUCGCUCCGCACCAGCUGGUCGUCGUACCUCACCGCCACCGACGCCGUCAUCUUUGUCCUCGACAGCAACGACCGCGCCCGCGUCGACCUCGCAAAGCACGAGCUCCACCGCAUCGCAGACGACGAGUCCAUCGCAAACGCCCCCAUCCUCGUAUGGGCAAACAAGCAGGACAUCAAGGGCAGCUUGUCCCCCGCAGAGAUCUCCCAGGCGCUCGCCCUCACCGCCUUCCGCGAUCGCACCUGGCAGAUCUUUGGCUGCUCGGCCCUCACCGGCAAGGGCCUCACCGAGGGUCUCGAUUGGCUGGCACACACCCUCGGCGCAAAGGGGUUCAGCUACGAGGCGCUGAUCUCUUCCGCUUUGGGCGAGUCGGACACGCCGGCCACAUCGACCUCGACGGGCACACCGAGCGCAGAGCCGCCAUCCCUCGCCGCUCUCUCGCUCGACGCAUCGUCAUCCAACACCGCCGCCGAUGCGGCAGGAUCGAACGACAAGACAAACGAAGACAAAGCGGGAAGCGCGGACGAGCCGCCAAAGGCGCACGAACGGCAGGCGUACGAUGCCGAGGUCGAGGCGCAGCUGAGCGCCGUGCUCGCCACCAACCGACGCACGGCGACGCCGUUCGUCGUCGACAAGACGACGCGCGAGGCGUCGCGAAACUGGGACCGCUUCUACAAGCUGCACGCCGACCGCUUCUUUAAAGACCGCCACUGGACCAGCCGCGAGUUUGGGUCGCAGAUUGGCGGCAGCAGCGCCGGCGAUCCCGCGUCCCCGCCUGCGUCCGCAACCGCCUCGACGGCGUCGACAACGGCAGCGGGAGCGAAACGGGGCGGGGAGGAUGACCGCGAAGAGGAGGCGAGGUUCGUCGCUGGCCGCGAGGCGGGCGAGUCCGGCGAUGGCGACGGCGACGGCGACGGCGAUGGAGAGGAAAAGGUGCUGCUCGAGGUCGGAUGCGGCGUGGGCAACAUGCUCUUCCCGCUGCUCGAGGCCGAUCCCAAGCUCAAGGUGCACUGCUGCGACUUUUCCCAGAGGGCCAUCGAGAUUGUCAAGGCGCAUCCCAACUACGACGCGGCGCGGGUGAAUGCCUUUGUGUAUGACCUGACGAGCAGCGAUCCGCCGCUGUCGUCGUUUCUCUCGACGCCGCAGACGGCGGGCUGGAAGCCGAUUACGACGAUCAGCAUGAUUUUCGUGCUGUCGGCCAUUCCGCCUCAGCUGCACGCCUCGACGCUGGCGAGCAUGGUGACGCUGCUGCGCCACCAGCUGUCGCUGCUGGGGCCGACGCUGCCGGACGGCACGCCGACGCGGGGCCACCUGAUUCUGCGCGACUACGCCCACGGCGACCUGUCGCAGGUGCGCUACCACACCAAAAAGGACGCCGGAUGGGCCGAACCGUCGCUCCUCGACGCCCAACGGCCCUGGUACAAGCGCGGCGACAAUACCUUCAACUACUUUUUCACGCGCGACGAACUCGACGCCCUCGCCCGCCAGGUCGGCAUCACCGGAGAGGUCGAGUCCAUCUACCGCACCGCCGUCAACCGAAAGCGCGCAGAGGGAAGGCAGAGGAGAUUCGUACAGGCCAAAUGGACCGUCGAGCCCUGA